ACCACGCACCCCCAGUUUUCUCCACCUUAGCCCAAAGUAAAAAUUAAAAAUGAAAAAUACAGCCAUCUCUCUCUGUCUUAACUAUGAUGUGUAUAUAUAGAAAUAUACAGUAAUUGUAUAUGAUUAUUUUCUUGUAAACCAAGUUUAUUCGAUUCCACCAAGAUCCCUUUAUUCUCACUCAUUUUUCAUUCGGAUCCCUCUAUGCCAUGACAAAAGCCUUACCCGACCGCUUCUAAAAAGUCAAGUUAAUCCCAAUUUUCAUCUCAAUAAUCGUGUUAGAAAAAGUAUAAGAGAUCAAGGAAAAUAAAGAAUCGCAAAAAUGGUGAUAGACAGCCAUAAUCACGGUGAUUAUUCUGAGAAAGUGCAGAGAUGUCAAGAUUAUAUAAAGGCCUUGGAAGCAGAACGUUGUAAGAUCCAAGUAUUCCAACGUGAACUCCCUCUUUGUCUUGAGCUUGUCACUCAAGCAAUUGAGGCAUGCAAGCAGCAGUUAUCUGGAACAUCAACUGAGUAUAAUUUACACGGGCAAUCUGAAUGUUCUGAGCAGACGUCAACUGAAGGGCCAGUUUUGGAAGAAUUUAUUCCUAUUAAGAGAGAUACUGAUGAUGAAGAACAACACUAUAAGAAGCCAAAAAAUUAUACUAAUGUUAACGGGAGCGAAAAAAGUUCCAAGAAAUCAGAUUGGCUUAGAUCUGUUCAACUGUGGAAUCAAACUCCAGAUCCACCCCUCAAAGACGAUUCACCAAGAAAAGUGUCAGUUGUGGAGGUGAAGAGAGAUGGAAGUGGAGGUGCAUUUCAUCCAUUUAAGAGAGAGAAAAGUGCUGGCACUAGUGGUGCUACGACUGGUAAUAUACAAGGGCCAAUGAAUAGGGCGGCACCGGUGGCUGCAGCCAGUUCUUCGGUGGAGACUGGUGGUAGCAUUGGCGGUGGGAGUGGUGGAAGUAACAAGGAAGAGAAGGAAGGGCAGUCUCAAAGAAAGGCAAGGAGGUGUUGGUCACCUGAGUUACAUAAAAGAUUCAUACAAGCCCUUCAAGAACUUGGUGGUUCACAUGUUGCUACACCUAAACAAAUUAGGGAUUUGAUGAACGUUGAUGGCCUCACAAACGAUGAAGUCAAAAGUCAUUUACAGAAGUAUAGAUUGCACACAAGGAGGCCUACUUCUUCAAUUCACAAUAACAACCCACAAGCGCCACAGUUUGUGGUGGUGGGAGGAAUUUGGGUGCCACCACCGGAAUAUGCUGCAAUGGCAUCUGGGAAGGCACCGGUAGUCGCCACCACUUCUAAUGGAAUCUAUGCGUCUGUUCCUGCACUGCCACCACCCUUCCAUGAAACAUCAUCGCCCCCUAAACAUAAUCAGUCGAAUUCCGAUGAUCAAGGCAGCCAUAGCGAAGGCCGAGUUCAUUCUCAUUCCCCGGCCACCUCCUCGUCCACUCACACCACCACUGCCUCCCUGGCUUAUUGAUUUGUGCGUGUGGAAAAUGUAGAUUUUUGCAAUAUUGACUGGUGUAAUCUUGUUGUACGAAUGACUAUUGAGGAAAAUGUAGAGUUGAUUUUUGGCCCUUUUUCUUGCAUUUUAUUUUUAGUUUAUAUUAUCUUGGAGGUAUGCACAUUGAUAAUGACAGUCAAAUUGAUUAAAAUA